GCGCGCGGCCCCGCCCCGGCCCCGCCCCUCCCCUCGCGGCGGUGCCUCGCGCCGGCGGCGGCCGUUGCUGCGCCACGAUCGGGAACGACAUGGCCGGGCCGCCCCGCCCCGUCAGCAUGGCGGAGGGCUGGGAGGAGUGCCCCGCCCUGGGGCCCGGCUGGAAGCGGCGCGAAGCUUUCCGGAAAUCGGGGGCCACCUGCGGCCGCACCGACACCUACUACCAGAGCCCCACAGGGGAGAAAUUCCGCAGCAAAAUCGAGCUGAUUCGGUUCCUCGGCCCCAGCCGCGACCUCAGGAACUUCGACUUCAAGAAUGGCCUGGAACGGCCCGGCCCCCCCAAGGCCAGGAAAGGCCCCAAAUGGCGGCCCCCCCCCGGGCCCCCCCCCGGGCCCCCCCCGGAGCCCCCCCAGGAGCCCCCCCAGGAGCCCCCUCCGCUGCCUCCCCCCGCCCCGGAGGAGCAGGUGGGCGGGGCUGAAGCUGAGGAGGCCCCGCCCCUGCUGGCCGAGGCCCCGCCCCCAGCAGCCUUGAGCCCGCCUCCUCCCGCUGAGGCCCCGCCCCCGCCGGAGCCCCCCCUCCCCCGGCGCACCCGCAAGCGGCCCCCCCCGGAGCCCCCCCAGGAGGGGGUGGUGGCGUGCUGCGCCGGCUGCCAGAGCCUGUUCCCGGGGGUGACGCUGCCCAGUCAGCGCCGCUGCCGCUGGCUCUGCCCCGAGUGCCGCGCCCAGAGACGCGACUUCAACCGGGAGCAGCGGUUCUUCAAGCGGGUGGGCUGCGGCGCCUGCCAGGCCUGUCGCAUCGCCGAGGACUGCGGCAUCUGCAGCGCCUGCGCCCGCCCCGCCCCCGCCCCCGCCCGGCCCCCCAAGUGCCUCCUGCGCCGCUGCCUCCGCAUCGUCAAGAAGAGCCUGGGCUGCGGCUCCUGCCCGGGCUGCCUGGCCACCGAGGACUGCGGGAGCUGCUGCAUCUGCCUGCGCCGCCUCAAGCCGGGCCUGAAGCGCCAGUGGCGCUGCCUGCGCCGCCGCUGCCUGCGCCCCAAGGUGGGGCGCCGACGGGGCUCCCCGACACCCCCCGGCCCCGCCGAACCCCCCAAAACACCCCCCCACGCCCCGCUGACCCCCCCGUGUGCCCCACAGCGCUCGGGGGUGGCCAAGAAGACGACUUACGGCCCGCGGAAGCUGACGGUGAAAUGGAAGCCCCCCUUGGAGCGAGAGCCCAGCGCCGCCCCCAGCACCCGGCACAGGAAGCAGCUGAACAAGGUGAAGGAGAAGAAGAAACCGGGGAGACCCCCCAAACACCCCGGGGCCCGCGGUGGGGGCGGGGACAAGGAGCCCCCGGCGGGGGGGGCUGAGAAGGGCCCCGGACCCCCCCCGGGGCCCCCCCCUGCACCUGCCCCCCCUCAAGGAGGAGCCGGACCCCUCCCCCGCCUCGAGGACCCCCGGCUGGGGCUCCUCAUCGCCUCCGCCCCCCGCCUCAAAGCGACCCCCCCGGAGCCCAGCGUCACCCCGGGACCGCCCCCCCCCGGAGAUUUGGGGGUCCUCAUCGCCGCCACCCCCCGGGUGAAGCAGGAGCAGCCGCAGCCCAGCGCCUCCCUCGUGCCGGUGCCCCCCCGGCUCCCCCCCGCCCAGCUGGUGGUGCUGGAUGAGAGCGAGGAAGAGGAGGAGGAGGAAGGGGGCAACCGAGUGCCCCCUCCCCCUGCCCCCUCCCCCCCCCCGCUGGCCGGCACUUUUUUAGCCGAACUGGCCGAAAUCCCCCUCCCCGCUCACUGGGGGGUGGUGGGACGAGACGAGGGGGGGUCUCCUCCCCCCUCCCCCACCAGCGCCCCCUCCCCACCACCCCCGGGCCUCCGCUUGGUCCAACGCUCCCCCCACUCCCCCAUGGCCGCCACCGUCGUCCUCUUUGGGCCCCCGGCUUGGCUUUUCGGGUGCUGGUGGCCCGUCGGCGCCCCGUCCCCCCCGGGCACGAGGUGCUGACGUGCCGCCCCCCCCGCCUGCGCUCUGUCGACGACCUCGUCGAGCUCCUCUGCGACCUCGAAGCUUAUCGGCCCUGCCCGGGACCCCCGGGGGAAGCCCCCCGACCCCCGGCCCCUCGCUGCCAGGUCCUGGU